GUGCCUGCCAGAAGUAGAAUCAUUCGAUUCCCCAAAGCGAAAUCCGCAGCCUCGCCUCUCUCGCCAUUUUCCAGGCGCGCGCUCGGCGCGGCCGCCGCCAGCGAUACAGAUCCUUGCACGGACACAAGGGCUCCGCGCUCCCACCGGAUCGGAUCCCGUCCCGAUGGCUCCCACUCCCACUCACACGGCGGCGGCGGUGGCGCUCGCCGCGCACGACUCGUCCGGCCACCUCGCGCCGCUCACCAUCACCCGCAGGAGCACCGGGGACGACGAUGUAGCGAUAAAGAUCCUGUACUGUGGGAUGUGUCACUCUGACCUUCACAGCAUCAAGAACGAGUGGCACAACGCCACGUACCCCAUGGUCCCUGGUCACGAGAUCGCCGGAGUGGUGACGGAGGUGGGCAAGAACGUGACCAGCUUCAAGGCCGGGGACCGCGUCGGCGUGGGCUGCAUGGUGAACUCGUGCCAGUCGUGCGGCAGCUGCGACGAGGACUUCGAGAACAGCUGCCGGGCCGUCAUCUUCACCUACAACUCCGUCGACCGCGACGGCACCGUCACCUACGGCGGCUACUCCAGCAGCGUGGUGGUGCACGAGCGCUUCGUGGUCCGGUUCCCCGACGCGAUGCCGCUGGAUCGGGGGGCGCCGCUGCUGUGCGCGGGCAUCACAGUGUACAGCCCCAUGAAGUACCACGGCCUGAACGUGCCGGGGAAGCACGUCGGCGUGAUGGGGCUGGGAGGCCUGGGCCACGUCGCCGUCAAGUUCGCCAAGGCGUUCGGGGCCAAGGUCACGGUCAUCAGCACGUCGCCUGGGAAGAAGCAGGAGGCGCUCGACCGGCUUGGCGCCGACGCCUUCGUCGUCAGCAAGGACGCCGAAGAAAUGAAGGCGGCUGCGAGCACCAUGGACGGCAUCAUCAACACGGUGUCGGCGAACCUCACCUUGGCCCCGUACAUGGGCCUGCUCAAGCCCAACGGCAAGAUGAUCAUGGUCGGCCUGCCCACCAAGCCUCUCGAGAUCCCGCCCUUUGAUCUCAUCAUUGGGAACAAGACCCUGGCCGGGAGCUGCAUCGGCGGCAUGAGGGACACGCAGGAGAUGAUCAACGUGGCGGCCAAGCACGGCGUGACGGCGGACAUAGAACUGGUGGCCGCGGACUACGUGAACACGGCCAUGGAGCGCCUGGCCAAGGCUGACGUCAGGUACCGCUUCGUCAUCGACAUCGGCAACACCCUCAAGAAUUCAGAGUGAUCAGACCUAAAACGCCGGCGACACCUCUACUGCUGCUGCUUGUUGUGCCCUGUCGGCUUUAUACGAUGAACCGCGUCCUUUUUUUUCUGUGUCAGUGAUAAUAUUUUAGCUAAGGCAGACGUAAACGUAGUUCGCGAGGAUUGCCUUCCCAUGCAUGUUAUGGAAGUUGGAUGCUUUUAUUGUUGUUGCCGUAAAACGAGAUAUGAUGCAGCAUUUUUUUAUUUUCCCUCUA